AAGGAAAUUACUUUUUGCAUAAGUUUCACAGCUAAUUUUCUCUCUACAGAAAGCUAUCAUGGCUGAUGCUGCAGCAAGACAAUUGCAGUAUGAAUAUAAAGCUAACUCUAAUCUUGUUUUACAAGCCGACGUAAGAUUGAUAGAACGUCGUAGUAGAGAUGAAGCUACCGGCGAGGUUAUGUCCCUUGUGGGAAAACUUGAUGGAACACGAAUGGGUGAUAGAGCCCAACGUACUAAGCCAGGAAAAGCAGAAGAACGAAAAGUCAAGCGUCAGAAGCGGGAUGAAGCACAAUAUGAUUUUGCAAGAAUGAAGGGUGCAACAUUGCUAUCUGAAGGAGUUGAUGAAAUGGUUGGUAUUGUUUACCGUCCAAAAACGCAGGAAACACGACAAACAUACGAAGUUUUACUAAGUUUUAUUCAAGAAGCUUUAGGAGAUCAACCAAGAGAUAUCCUAUGUGGUGCUGCUGAUGAAGUACUAGCAGUAUUGAAAAAUGACAAACUUAAAGAAAAAGAGAAAAAGAAGGAGACUGAAUUGCUAUUAGGGUUGUUAGCAGAAGAAAGAUUUGCUCUGCUAGUAAAUCUUGGGAAAAAAAUAACAGAUUUUGGGAGUGAUGAAAAAAACACUACUAAUGAGGAAAACAUUGAUGAAACGUAUGGAAUUAAUGUACAAUUUGAAGAAAGCAGUGAAGAAGAUGAUGAGGAUGUUUAUGGAGAGAUAAGAGAAAAUGAUGACGAGGGUGAUGAAGGUGAAGAAGCUAAUGAUGAUAGAGCUAUUCAUGCAGAAAAUUUAGGCAGUGCAGAAGAAAUGAAAAAAGAAAAACCGCUGCAUCCGCUAGACAUAGAUGCAUAUUGGUUGCAAAGAAGAUUGAGCAGAAUUUAUGAUGAUGCAAUGGUUUCACAAGCAAGAGCUGCAGAAGUAUUAGCAGUUUUGAAAGAUGCUGGUGAUGAUCGUGACUGUGAAAAUCAAUUAGUGCUUUUAUUGGGCUAUGAUUGUUUCGAUUUUAUCAAACAACUGAAGAAAUAUAGACAUACAAUUGCCUACUGCACGAUGUUGGCAUCAUCACAGUCUGAAUCAGAGCGACAAAAAAUUCGAAAUAAAAUGAACGAUGAACCUAUAUUAGCAAAAAUUCUACGACAAUUAGAUACAGGUAAAGGUGACGAUGAUGCCGAUGAAACAAUGGAAGCAAGAGCACAACGUAAAAGAAGAGAAGAAAAUGAAGAUACUGGAGGUCCUGGAGGUCAGGUUCAGGGUACAAGAAAUCUAAUAGACUUAGAAGAUCUUAUAUUCGCACAAGGAAGUCAUUUUAUGGCAAAUAAACGCUGUCAAUUACCUGAUGGCAGUUUCAGAAAACAACGGAAAGGAUAUGAAGAGGUUCAUGUUCCAGCAUUGAAGCCAAAAGCGUUUUCAGACAGUGAGAAACUUCAUCCCAUUGAACAGUUACCAAAAUAUGUACAGCCAGCAUUUGAAGGUUUUAAGACCUUAAAUCGAAUUCAAAGUCGUUUGUAUCAAACAGCAUUAGAGAGUGAUGAAAAUUUACUAUUGUGCGCACCAACAGGCGCAGGUAAAACUAACGUUGCUCUUUUAUGCAUGAUGCGUGAAAUUGGUAAACAUAUAAAUGCAGAUGGUACAAUUAACAGCGAUGAGUUCAAAAUAAUUUAUGUUGCGCCAAUGCGUUCGUUAGUACAAGAAAUGGUUGGAACAUUUGGUAAACGAUUAUCUACAUAUAACUUAACUGUGUCUGAGUUGACUGGUGACCAUCAAUUGACACGAGAACAAAUAGCUGCAACACAAGUUAUAGUAUGCACUCCUGAAAAAUGGGAUAUUAUAACAAGAAAAGGUGGUGAAAAAACUUUUACUUCGUUAGUUAGACUGAUCAUUAUUGAUGAAAUUCAUUUAUUACACGACGAGAGAGGUCCGGUCUUGGAAGCUUUGGUGGCUCGAACAAUUAGAAAUAUUGAAACAACACAGGAAGAUGUCAGGUUGAUUGGUCUUUCAGCUACGUUACCUAAUUAUCAAGAUGUGGCAACAUUUUUACGUAUAAAGCCGGAAACAGGCUUAUUUUACUUCGAUAAUAGUUUUAGACCCGUUGCUUUGGAACAACAAUACAUAGGUAUUACAGAGAAAAAGGCACUGAAACGGUUUCAAGUAAUGAAUGAAAUUGUCUAUGAGAAAACAAUGGAACAUGCAGGUAGAAAUCAAGUUCUCAUUUUUGUACAUUCACGAAAAGAAACAGGAAAAACAGCACGUGCUAUUAGAGACAUGUGUUUGGAAAAAGAUACAUUAGGACAAUUUCUUAGAGAAGGAUCUGCAUCUAUGGAGGUUUUACGGACAGAAGCUGAACAGGUAAAAAAUCAAGAACUUAAAGAUUUGUUGCCUUAUGGAUUUGCUAUCCAUCAUGCAGGUAUGACGAGAGUAGAUCGAACCCUAGUUGAAGAUCUUUUUGCCGAUAAACACAUACAAGUUCUAGUAUCCACUGCAACCUUAGCUUGGGGAGUUAAUUUACCAGCACACACAGUUAUUAUUAAAGGGACUCAGGUUUAUAAUCCGGAAAAAGGUAGAUGGGUUGAAUUAGGUGCUCUAGAUGUACUUCAAAUGCUAGGCAGAGCUGGUCGUCCACAAUACGACACAAAAGGUGAAGGCAUUCUUAUCACAAAUCAUAGUGAACUCCAGUAUUAUCUAUCUCUUCUAAACCAGCAACUGCCCAUCGAGUCACAGUUAAUAAGUAAAAUGUCGGACAUGCUAAAUGCUGAAAUUGUCUUAGGCACUAUACAAAACAUUAGAGAUGCUGUUACUUGGUUGGGAUACACUUAUUUAUACAUAAGAAUGCUUCGUUGUCCAAAUCUAUAUGGUAUAAGCCAUGAUAAGUUAAAAGACGAUCCAUUACUUGAAUUGCACAGAGCAGAUCUUAUUCAUUCUGCAGCAGUAGGAUUGGAUCGUAGUGGUUUAAUUAAAUAUGAUCGAAAAUCAGGAAAUUUCCAAGCUACUGAAUUGGGACGCAUAGCAUCACAUUAUUACUGCACACAUGACACAAUGUCUACAUACAACCAGUUAUUGAAACGUACUUUAAGCGAAAUUGAAUUGUUUCGAGUGUUUUCAUUAUCUGGCGAAUUCAAACAUAUAAAUGUUCGAGAAGAAGAAAAAUUGGAAUUACAGAAGUUGAUGGAAAGAGUACCUAUUCCAGUGAAAGAAAGCAUAGAAGAACCAAGUGCAAAAGUUAAUGUACUUCUACAAGCAUACAUUUCUCAGCUAAAGCUCGAAGGAUUUGCCCUUAUGUCAGAUAUGGUCUUUGUUACACAGUCUGCAUCGAGGUUAAUGAGAGCAAUUUUUGAGAUUGUUUUGUUUCGUGGCUGGGCACAACUAGCUGAUAAGUGUUUGUCAUUGUGCAAAAUGAUAGAUAGGAGAAUGUGGCAAUCAAUGUCUCCUCUGAGGCAAUUCCGUAAAAUGCCAGAAGAAAUUGUGAAGAAAAUAGAAAAGAAAAAUUUUCCGUGGGAAAGAUUAUAUGAUCUUGGACCAAAUGAAAUUGGGGAAUUAAUUCGUGUACCGAAGUUGGGCAAAACUAUUCAUAAAUAUAUUCAUCAGUUUCCGAAGUUGGAAUUGUCGACACAUAUUCAACCGAUAACGCGAUCUACAUUAAGAGUAGAACUAACUAUUACACCUGAUUUUCAAUGGGAUGAAAAGGUACAUGGUGCUUCUGAGGCAUUUUGGAUUUUAGUUGAAGACGUAGAUUCUGAAGUAAUACUUCAUCACGAAUAUUUUCUAUUGAAAGCGAAAUACGCAAUAGACGAACACUUGAUCAAAUUCUUUGUACCAGUGUUUGAGCCCCUACCACCGCAAUACUUCCUACGAGUUGUAUCUGAUAGAUGGAUUGGAGCAGAAACUCAAUUGCCUGUCAGUUUUCGUCAUUUAAUUCUUCCAGAAAAGAAUUUACCACCGACUGAAUUGCUUGAUUUACAGCCGCUUCCAAUUACCGCAUUACGCAAUUCCAAAUUUGAAAGUAUCUAUACUGAUAAAUUCCCACAAUUUAAUCCAAUUCAAACACAAGUGUUCAAUGCUGUUUAUAAUUCAGAUGACAAUGUGUUUGUCGGAGCACCUACAGGUUCAGGAAAAACAACAGUGGCAGAAUUUGCGGUGUUACGUCUACUCGUUCAGAACUCUGAAGGUAGAUGUGUGUACAUGGUUAGCAAGGAAGCAUUAGCAGAAUUAGUCUAUGCUGAUUGGUCGGUAAAAUUCAAUCAACUUCUGGGAAGAAAAGUAGUUUUACUGACUGGUGAAACAGGAACAGAUCUUAAGUUGCUUGCAAAAGGACAAAUUAUAAUUACAACAGCAGAUAAAUGGGACGUUUUAUCACGAAGAUGGAAGCAAAGAAAGAAUGUGCAGAAUAUUCAACUUUUUAUUGUUGACGAGCUUCAAUUGAUUGGUGGCGAAGAAGGGCCUGUAUUAGAAAUAGCAUGUUCGAGAGCUCGUUACAUAUCUUCUCAGUUGGAUAAGCCAACCAGAAUUAUUGCAUUAUCAGCUUCACUAGCAGAUGCCAAAGACGUGGCUCAGUGGCUAGGUGCACCCGCCGCAGCAACUUUCAAUUUUCACCCGUCUGUUAGACCUGUACCUUUAGAGUUACAUGUGCAAGGAAUAAAUAUUACUCAUAAUGCAUCAAGAUUGGCUGCUAUGGCAAAACCAGUAUAUAAUGCGAUAUUGCGUUAUGCUUCUCACAAGCCAGUUAUUGUUUUUGUGCCUACUCGUCGUCAAGCUAGAUUGACAGCCAUUGAUUUAUUGACUUUCACUGCAGCAGAAGGCCAACCUUCUCGAUUCUUCCAUGCAGAAGAAGCGGAUAUUAAACCAUUCUUAGAUAGAAUGACUGAUAAGACAUUAAAAGAAACACUUUCACAAGGAGCUGCUUAUCUUCAUGAAGGAUUAUCUGCGGAUGAUCGACGCCUAGUUGAACAACUCUUUGAUAGUGGUGCUAUUCAAAUAGCUAUUGUCACAAGAGAUCUCUGUUGGGAUUUGUCUAUAAACUGUCAUCUUGUAGUUGUCAUGGAUACCCAGUGCUACAAUGGAAAGACACAUGCUUACGAAGAUUAUCCUAUUACGGAUGUCUUGCAAAUGGUAGCCCGAGCAAAUCGACCAUUAGAGGAUGAUGAUGCUAAAUGUGUUUUGCUUUGUCAGAGUUCAAAGAAAGAUUUCUUUAAGAAAUUUUUGAACGAACCUUUGCCUGUAGAAAGCCAUUUGGAUCACAGAUUACACGAUCAUUUUAAUGCGGAAAUAGUAACAAAAACGAUUGAAAAUAAACAGGAUGCAGUCGACUAUCUUACAUGGACCUUCUUAUAUAGAAGACUUACACAAAAUCCCAAUUAUUACGGAUUGCAAGGUGUUACGCAUAGACACUUAUCCGAUCACUUAUCUGAAUUAGUUGAAAGUACUUUAAGUGAUUUGGAACAAGCUAAAUGUGUUGCUGUAGAAGAUGAAAUGGACACUUUGCCUCUAAAUCUUGGAAUGAUUGCAGCUUAUUAUUAUAUCAAUUAUGCAACGAUUGAAUUAUUCAGCCUUUCUUUAAAUAAUAAAACCAAAAUCAGAGGCUUACUGGAAAUUAUAUCAGCAGCUGCAGAAUAUGAAACAGUACCUGUUAGACAACGGGAAGAAAAUUUGUUACGAAGCUUGGCAGCUCGGCUUCCACACGCUCCGCAAGCCACGAGAAUGGCGGAUCCUCAUGUAAAAGCACAACUUCUGUUGCAGGCACAUUUGUCUCGCAUACAACUUGGCCCAGAACUCCAAAAAGAUACGGAAUUAGUAUUAAGCAAAGCCGUUAGGUUAAUACAAGCUUGCGUCGAUGUUCUUAGUUCAUCUGGUUGGUUGGCACCUGCAGUUGCAGCUAUGGAACUGGCACAAAUGGUCACUCAAGCAAUGUGGUCUAAAGAUUCUUAUUUAAAGCAAUUGCCACACUUUACUUCUGAAACAAUUAAACGUUGCACUGAUAAGGGAGUAGAGACUGUAUUUGAUGUAAUGGAACUGGAGGACGAUGAUAGGAAUCGUCUUCUACAAUUAUCUGAAACACAAAUGGCAGACGUUGCCAAAUUCUGCAAUCGUUAUCCCAAUAUAGAAAUGUCCUAUGAAGUACAGGACAAGGAUAAAUUACGUAGCGGUGGUACAGUGAAUGUUAUUGUUCAGCUUGAAAGAGAAGAUGAAGUUACUGGACCAGUCGUGGCACCAUUCUUCCCACAGAAGCGCGAAGAGGGAUGGUGGGUGGUUAUUGGUGACCCAAAGACUAAUUCUUUACUGUCUAUUAAAAGAUUAACGCUACAACAGAAAGCAAAGGUUAAACUUGAUUUUGUAGCACCUGCUCCUGGACAACAUUCCUAUACCUUGUAUUUUAUGAGUGAUGCUUACUUAGGAUGUGAUCAAGAGUAUAAAUUCACAAUAAAUAUAGGAGAAUAUGAGUCGGAUGCAAGUUCAGGAUCAGAGUCAGAUUAAAAAAGUAAACUCGUAUAUUUUGUCUACUGUGUAGACAACGUUUAACGUAGUUUUAUAAUUAAUUAUAAAUGUAACAUAUUGUGUAACACAUACUGUACAUAUUGAGAUUAGAUGAUAAUAUAAGAAAUGCAACUAAUUAUUUACGUAAAAAAUAGUUAUUUUUCACCAUUUGUAUGCAAAACCAAUACAAACAUUCUUCUUCACCAUUUUCCGUGUUAUUAUUAUAUUAAUCAUUACAUUCGAAAAGCAAAUUUUUAUAAUAAAGAAUGUAUAAUUUCAGUUACAAAAUACAUAUGUUAAUUGUUCAAAUGCACAUCUCUAUAUGUAGAAACAAUAAACAAAGGUAUAUAUAGUCCGUUAUAGGCUCAGAUAAAAAAGUUAAAAAA